UUUACAUACAAAAGCAUAUACGACUUCAAAAAAAACAAUAGAUCAAUUAGAUAAGUUAUUAAAGUAUCCGGGAUGGAAAAAUUCAAAUGAUGUAUACUCUAUAAAAUAUCGCAGUAAAAAAUUUUAUUUUGAAAAUCUGAUUAAAAUACCUACAAAUUGCUCUAUAGGUAGUCAAAAGAUACGAGCCUUAUCUAUAUAUCUUGGAUGCACAUAUGCAAAAGUUAUGGUUAAUCUUUUUACAGUUAUCAACAAUGCCUUAAUAAAUGGAAGCAUUUAUAUCGAAGAACUCUUAUAUAUAAUAGCUCUAUUAAUUGUUCCAAUUGCAACAUUUAUAAAAGGUGCCGUGGACGCUUUAGAUUUAUUACAGGAAAAACCAUGGGAUACUUUUAAAGGUAUGUGUAAAUAUAUCUACAUGACGAGUCCUUUAUCAAAGAAAGUAGGAAAUAUCUUUGACAAAUUAAAUGAUCUAAUUCUAUCAUAUGAUUAUAAAUCUACAAACUUUUGCUCAUUUGGUAUUGUAUAUUCAUUUUCUAAAAGCAUAAUAAACAAUUUACAAUAUGAAACUGAGCCAUUUUGUGAAUUUGUACCUUAUGAUAAAAAUGAGUUAUGGAAUAAAUGGAUUCAAGAAUAUAAUGCUAUUAUUAACCAAGGCGUAAAAUUAAUAUUUUUCACAUUUUUAACCAAAAAAAUUAAAGAUUAUAUCAAGAUCGUAAUUAUAGAAAAGUAUUUUAAACUGGGAUUUAAAUUUGAUCCACUCACCGAAGAAACGUUUGUACCAACACCGGAGGAGCUAAUUGAACUAGAAUUGGAAUUUAAAGCAAUAUAUGAAGAACCUCCAAUGUCAAAACAAAUAUAAAAUCAUUAAAUAUUGUAAUAAUAUAAAUUUUAUACUACAUUUAUAUUAUAUAAUUAAUUCCAAUUUA